CACAGGUGCAGAUGUAAAACUGUUUCAGUGAGCACACAGAGAGCCAAAAGAAAAGGAUAUUUUAAGAAUAAAAAUCUGCUUGAAGAUCACCCUCUAUUGCUGUACGAUUGGACAACGAUAAAAUGACAAAUUGGAAGCUGAUUUUUUGCAGCCUACAUUUAAUGUCAGUGAUGUCUACUACUUUUGGAUUGGAUGUGACAAUGAGUCAGGCUUUCAUUGAGGUUGCCAGGGGUGAAGAUGUCACCUUUACAUGUAAUUUUAAACCCAAAAAUCAACUGAAUGAACUGAUCAUCAUCACAUGGAGUGGUGAUAAGACUGAGGCAUCUGGAAUGGACGUUUUUUUUGGGACCUACUACUCCAAUAGUUUACCAGUAGACAUCGGACAAGAUUAUGUAGACAGAGCCAUCAUAGAAACUGACCUUGAGGCUCGAAAGUCGACACUGUUACUAAAACAAGUCACUCUUAAAGAAAGCAGAAAAAUCAAAUGUUCUGUUCAGAUUCCUGGAGAUAUUGACGGCCAACCAUCUGACACUACCUCUCUAUUGGUUCAGGUUCCACCAUCACAACCCAUUUGUAAAGUAGUUGGCACAGCAGAAUAUGGAUACAAUAUUAGCCUAACCUGUGUCUCUGAGGAGGGCUCUCCGACACCUACAUACAAAUGGGAGGGGUAUGACGUAAAAAAUUCACCUCGACCGCAUCCUCCCAAAACCAAUGAAAAGAAUGGAGUUCUGUCUCUGUUCAAUGUAUCCAUGGACACAUCAGGUUUCUAUGUCUGCCUGUCGAGCAAUAAGCUUGGAUCAUCCAAAUGUAACCUCACCUUGUCUGUAAUGCCUUCCUCUAUGAAUCUCGCUGCCACAGUUGGCAUCAUUGGUGGUUGUAUUGCUGGAAUUGUGUUACUUGUAAUAAUCAUCUGUUGCUGCUGCAAACGUAAACAGAAACCAGAGGAGUAUGAAGUGGGAGCUCCAGUGGUGCAAUACCAUGACAAACCACCACUAGAAAAAGUUGAAGACGAGUUUACAGAACAAAGGAAGUUGAGCAAUGCAGAGAGUACUAAUCGACAUGACCAGCAUGUGGAGAUAACUGAAACAAACAAGGACAAGAAUGCUAACUUGCAUGUAGGCCUCAAUGUUCAUCCAGACAGAAGUCCUGGUCGAGAAGACCACCACAAGAGAUAUGAUGACUACGGAAAUAGCUACACCACAGAUCGCUAUGAAGACAGACAGGAUCGCUAUGAUGACCGCAAAGGUAGCCGUGAUGACCUCAGAGAUCGUUAUGAUGACCGCAAAGGUAGCCGUGAUGACCUCAGAGAUCGGUAUGAUGAUCGCAGAGGAAGCCGUGAUGACCUCAGAAAUCGGUACGAUGAUCGCAAAGGAAGCCGUGAUGACCUCAGAGAUUGGUACGAUGAUCGCAAAGGAAGUCGUGAUGACCUCAGAGAUCGGUAUGAUGAUCGCAAAGGAAGUCGUGAUGACCUCAGAGAUCGGUACGAUGAUCGCAAAGGAAGUCGUGAUGACCUCAGAGAUCGCUACGAUGACCGCAGAGGUAGCCGUGAUGACCUCAGAGAUCGGUACGAUGAUCGCAAAGGAAGCCGUGAUGACCUCAGAGAUAGGUAUAGGUAAAAUCAUCAAGAUCAGUGUGAGGAUCGAUGAGAUUGUUAAACAUGGAAUUGUAAUAACAGCCAUCAAUAUUUUGAAUAUGUUAACGGUGGCCUUCAAAAUAUCAAGGCCUCUGAUGGUACUCAAUGUGUAUUUGGGAAUUUUGUUCUACAGUUGUUCUACCAAAUUUUGUUAUGCUAAGUUUUUCUACUGUAGGGCACUGUUUUUGUUUUGUUUUGUUUUUUGCGCUGACCAUCAAAAAUAAAUGAAAUCAUUCUGAUACUGCAAAUAAUCAUCCAUUAUGAUUUACUGUUUUUAUGGGAUUGUAUUUUUGUUUAGUUAUGCCUAUCAGCUGAAGUAAUUAUAUUUUAUUUAUGAAUAAGAGGAAAAGUAUUUUGAUUCCUCUUCUGUUUCUGAUUGGUUUAGUCAGACAUUUUAAUAGUUUGGUGUUAAUUCACACUGGUGUAAAUUACCAUCUACAUGUCUCUAUUCUUUCUGAAUGAAAAAUGCUUGC